UUUGCCAACCACUUCAUCAUGGGCGGCGAGAAGUUCGACUCCACCCAGCCCGAGGGUUACCUGUUCGGCGAGAACAGCGACCUCAACUUCCUGGGAAACCGGCCCGUGGUGUUCCCUUAUGCUGCUCCACCUCCUCAGGAACCCGUGAAGACCCUCAGGAGCUUAAUCAACAUCCGCAAGGACACCCUGCGCCUGGUCAGGUGCUCGGAGGAGGUGAAGACCCCUGGGGAAGAGGUCAGCAAAGCCAAGGUGCACUACAACGUGGAGUUCACCUUCGACACAGACGCCCGGGUGGCCAUAACCAUCUACUACCAGGCUAGUGAGGAGUUCCACAACGGGGUGGCCAGCUACAUCCCCAGGGACAACAGCCUGCAGUCUGAGACAGUGCACUACAAGCAGGGGGUGUGCCAGCAGUUCUGCGUCCCCUCCCACACCGUGGACCCCUCGGAGUGGAGCGAGGAGGAGCUGGGUUUUGACCUGGACCGGGAGGUUUACCCCAUGGUGGUGCACGCGGUGGUGGAUGAAGGAGAGGAGCACAUUGGGCAUUGCCACGUGCUGUUGGCCACCUUUGAGAAGCACAGUGAUGGCACCUUCUGCGUGAAGCCCCUCAAGCAGAAGCAAGUGGUGGAUGGUGUCAGUUACCUCCUCCAGGAGAUCUAUGGCAUCGAGAACAAGUACAACACGCAGGACUCCAAGGUGGCUGAGGAUGAGGUGAGUGAUAACAGUGCUGAGUGUGUCGUCUGCCUCUCGGACGUCCGGGACACCCUGAUCCUGCCCUGCAGACACCUCUGCCUCUGCAACACCUGCGCUGACACCCUGCGCUACCAGGCCAACAACUGCCCCAUCUGCAGGCUGCCUUUCCGAGCCUUGCUGCAAAUCCGAGCCAUGAGGAAAAAGCUGGGUCCCCUCUCCCCCACCAGCUUCAACCCCAUCAUCGCCUCGCAGGCCUCCGACUCCGAGGAGCCCUCGGUCAGUGCCUGGGACACCUGAGGCUGUGGCAUUGGGUCCUCAGAGCACGUUCCUCCAGGCUACGAGGUGGUGUCACUGCUGGAGGCCCUCAAUGGGCCCCUGACACCCUCACCGGCUGCCCUGCCACUGCGUGCUCUGGGGGACCCCCCGGGGGUGGGGACCCUGCCCUCCUACGGCAGCGAGGGGCCCCUGCCCCCCCUGCGGGCCCUCUCGCCCCUCGAGCGGCUCCCGGACUGCGGCCCCCCGGGGCUCAGGCUGAAGAAGAGCAUCUCCAAGUCUGUCUCGCAGAACUCCUCCAUCCUGCCCGAAGAGGAGGAUGAGAAGUCGUGCACGGAGUCAGAGCUGAGGGUGUCCAGGAGGAGAUCCCCUGCCCGGCACCAGGAGGAAUGUGGUGCGACGCCGGAGAGUGAAAACCUCACCCUGUCAUCAUCAGGAGCCAUCGACCAGUCCUCGUGCACCGGGACCCCCCUCUCCUCCACCAUCUCAUCCCCAGAAGAGCCUGUCAGCAGCAGCCUGGCCCAGUCUGUCAUGUCCAUGGCCUCCUCCCAGAGCCAGCACUCCCAGCUCAGCACUGACACCGUGUCCUCCAUGUCUGGCUCCUACGUUGCUCCAGGCACUGAGGAGGAAGAAGAGGAGGAAGGGGACAUGGUCCCCUCACCCACGGCCGCCAGUGCCACAGCCUCUGAUGGAGAGUCAACCCCUGUGGAGUCCCCGGAUCUAAACUUUGUCAGCAUCUCAGCCGAGGAGCGUGACGCCGAGGGAAACGACGUGCUGGAGGACGAGGACGCCUCUCCCACCCAGGAAGAUGCUGCCGGGCCGGACUCCUGCCCCAUUGACAUUGAGGACUAG